AUGGCUAACAUUCUAGCAACUACGACGUCGACUUCAGACAACAGUCCCAUCAUGCCCUUCCCUCGCGCGAGUAUCAUCUAUCCAAGCCUUCUCGAGCGCAAGGCGCAAGAGAUCCUUGAAACAACCAGCGACAGCGACGCGGCCGAUACUAUCACCGCCAACCCACACCCACAAUUGACUCACUUUCAAACUCUCUUGGCAACCUUUCCACCCAUCAACCGCAGAUACAUCAGUCUCGAAGUCAUGCCAGGAGAUAGGGCUCGGAUGUUCGAUGGUGAACCUCUUGCAGAGAAUAGCCAAGAGUUCCCGUUGUUCCCGAAGCUUCCCCUUGAGUUGCGCCUUCGGAUCUGGAAGUUCACUAUGGUGCCACGAAUGGUCAGAUUUGAACCUGGUGGAGGCAAGGCUCUUGGAGCAAUGAAUGCGAACCGAGAAUCUCGUCGAGAAAUCCGGAAGCAUUAUCGUCUAUGUAUCAACUACUGUGAUAGGCCGUGGGCGACACCGGUUGAUGUAGGGCAACUUGAGAUUUUGCCAGACUUUGGUUUCUUUAUCAACUUCAAGGUCGACGUCGCUUACAUCAGCCCUCUGGGUCGUAUGCGGGAUCACAUUGGCCGCAUUCCCCUCGCAGACUUGGUCGGCUACCCUUAUAUUGAAUUAGCCCUUCAAAGAGCAAAAGAGGAAUACACAAUGUGGCUUUCUGACGUCCAAAGACUCGCCUUCGAUGGGAAGUGCUUUCAUGGACCUACUGGUAGUAUGAUCUAUACCUGGCGAUUCUUACCUCAAAAAUUCUGUGUCCAAUACGCUGCGCUGAGAGAGAUCUUGGUCAUUCUAGACAACAAAAUGGAGCCGGAGCUUGAAAAUCUGCUUCCAGCUGACUGUGGAACCACAGAAGAAAUUGGUACCAUGGAUUGCAUAUCGGGGAGUUUCGAUCGCCUAUACAAGGAGGCACUGGUGGAUUCGUCGAAGUGGUGGGAGCAUAAAGUCAACCUAAACUUCAUGAGAGUUGACCCCACGGCAUCUUCUCGGCGAAAGACUUGGGUCAAGAGGGUCAUGGGCUGGUGA